UUGAAUUCCAAUCAUCUAAUUUGGUAUCAGACGCUCACUCUCUUCUUCCUCCUAUGGCUUCCGCAAAAUCCCCAUCAUUUCACCCAACUCUUGCUCUCACCAACAUAAAAAGUUUUAUUCCAAUUACCCCCGAUCUCGAGAAUGUGGAAUACUCCUCCUAGACCGAACUUUUUAAGAUCACAACCCGUGCCUACCAGGUUGAAGAUCACAUCUUUCCCGUUGAAACGGAUACCUCGAUCGCUUCCACUUCCACCAACCCACCUCCAGAACAAACUCCAGAGCAAGUUCUUGCCGCCGCCGCCGCAACAGCCGAAUCUGAGGCUCUUUGGAAACGACUCGAUGCCAUGGUGUUACAAUGGAUUUAUGGGACUAUAUCCCAUGAUCUUUUGCACACUAUUCUCGAGCCGGACUCUACUGCCAAAGCCGCAUGGGAUCGCUUGGCCGAUCUUUUCCUUGACAACAAAAAUACUCGGGCGCUGCAUCUCGAAACCGAAUUUUCCAAUACCCGAUUGGAGAGCUUCCCUAACAUUGCUUCCUAUUGCAAUGCUCUCAAAACUCUGGCCACGAAAUUGUCCAACGUCGAUUCUCCCGUCAACAAUCAACGCUUGGUGUUGCGUAUUGUGAAUGGUCUCCCUCCGGCCUAUGACUCAGUUGCAUCUCUCAUUCAACAAACUGUCCCUCUUCCUCCAUAUUCCCAGGCCCGAUCGAUGCUCCUUCUGGAAGAAACCAGGAAGGCUCAACAAAACAACUCCUCACCCACUGCCUUGGUUCAUACCGGUGCUCCAGUUGUUGUGCCACAGCCGAAUGUUCAACCUGGCCGCCCUCAAAACCACGGCAGGGGGCGUGGCUCUUCACGUGGUGGUCGCAACCGUCCCUCCGGUUCUCCGGCGACACCCCAAACUGCCAACCCGUGGCAAAUGCCGCCGUGGGGUUACUGGCGGCCACCAUGGAGCAUUCCGCCGUGCCCCUACCCAUCCACUGCAUGGCCCAGAAACCAAAGCUCUCGGCCUCCCUUCCCCGCUGCCGGCAUACUUGGUCCACGGCCUCAACAAGCACACAUUGCCUCCCCGUCUCCUACGGAUAUCACCAAUGCCAUGGCCACCAUGUCCCUCACUCACCCGGAUGAAAAUUGGUACCUUGACACGGGGGCCACAUCGCAUAUGACGUCCAAUGUAGGUAUUUUCACGUCUUAUUUUAAUAAUGGUUCUAAACAACGUAUUAUGGUGGGUAAUGGUCAAUCCAUACCCAUUAUAGGUCAUGGCAGUACGUCUCUAUCCCCACCCAACCCACCCCUUCUCUUACAAAAUAUUCUUCAUGCCCCUCAUUUAGUCAAAUUUAAUUUCAGUUCGUCGUCUUACUACCGAUAAUAAUAUUUCAAUUGAGUUUGACCCGUUUGGUUUUUCUGUGAAGGAACUCCGCACUGGAAUGCCUCUUAUGAGAUGUGAUAGUUCGGGUGAUCUUUAUCCUCUUCAGCCAUUUUUUUGUCUGUGAAAACAGUGUUCACAGACGAAACGUGUUGUCACAGACAAAAAAUGCAUGUACAGACGAGUGUACAACUAUGUAGCACCGAUACCGGUACGCGGAAACGCGGAAACGCGGAAACGGGUACGGGGAUACGUCAAAACAAAAAAAAGUAGGAUACGGAUACGGGGCCAUAUUUAUAAAUAUUAAAAGUUAUGGGGUGUAUCUACAAAUAUUAAAAGUUAUAGGGGUCUAUUUAUAAAUAUUAAAAAUAGUUUUUUUUUGAAAAAAUAUAUAUACAUAUAAUAUCCUUAUGAUGUCUACCUAUUCAUUGCAUUGAAGCAUUUUCUUUUUUCAAGAUACUUAGUAAUAAAUUCAUAAUAUAUUUCUCAUAUACACUAGUGCAUCUCGAAAUAUAAAUGUAGUCAAUAAGUCAUUAAUUUAAAAUGAGAAAUAAGUCAAACAACUACAAUCUUGAAAUUAAAAGUGCAAGUACCCAAUUCGGAGUAUGAGUUAAUGACUUAAUUCGGAUAUAGCCAUAUAGGCCCAUUAUUUGAUUACCAAGUAAAAUGUAGUUUUAGAUUUUCAAUUUUUUUAGAGUUAUUAGUCCUAAAUAGGACUAAAUUAUGAUCAAAGUUCCUAAAUAGGACUAAAUAGGACUUCUUAUUUCGAAUUUACCCUGCUAUAAUAAAAGCCCUAAAUCUGCCCAUCUUCGACAUCUUCUUUUGCGAUGCGAUCGAUGCAGAAAACUCAUCUCCCAUGGAGGUCUUCUUCUGCGUACUCUGUACUCCGGCCAGCGCAAACAGGACGGGUAAGUCGCCUCACCGGAGGUGUGCAGCAGCAGUCUCAGCGGCAACUUUGGUGGAGGUCUUACUUGGCUACGGCGGCGGUCCCGGCAGCAGCUGCCGUGGACGGAAGAUGGUGAAGGUGUCCUGGCUUGGAGUUCGCAUCUGGAACGAGGCAGCUGGGCCGAAGGUCGGUUAGAAGUUAGCAACGUGGAAUGGGCACGAGAAGGGUUUUAUUUUUUUUAUUUGAUCGCACAAUUUGGUCUAAUCAAUUCAUUUUUGGUCCUACGAAUUAUGAGAGUCUUAUUUGUGCACUUCAAAAUUGAUUUAGUCUCAUUUAGGGAAUUAC